AUUCGACACAAUUUAUUUUUGACAUUGUUGACAGGGAAGUUUUCGCUCGUAUUCUUAAACUUUAAUAUAAAUUAAAUGCAUCAUAACCAGAUCAAAAGAGCAUUGUAAUUGUGUAAAAGUGAUCUUCAAUUGUGUUGACAGUGGAAAUAAUGUCCAAAUUUCCGAUUAUGAGCUUGCGAUGGAUUUUUCAGCUUCUGAACAAAUUAUGGGUCUUUUUUUCAUAUCUCUGUAACAAACAGUUCAGAAAAGUGCUGCAGUAUCAACCAGUAAAAUAUGAUUUGUAUCCUUUAUCACCAGUGUCGAGACAUCGUCUAAGCUUGGUGCAAAAAAAGACUCUAGUCUUAGAUCUAGAUGAAACAUUAAUUCAUUCACAUCAUGAUGGGCUUCCUCGUAACCCAACAAUAAAGCCAGGAACGCCACAUGAUUUUACUGUAUCAGUUGUGAUCGACCGACAUCCAGUUAGAUUUUUCGUUCAUAAACGGCCGCAUGUCGACUUUUUCCUCGACAUUGUGUCUCAGUGGUAUGAUUUGGUUGUGUUCACAGCUAGUAUGGAAAUUUAUGGUGCAGCAGUAGCUGAUAAACUGGAUAAUGGAAGAAAUAUUCUCAAUCGAAGAUAUUACCGACAACAUUGUACACCAGACUUUGGUUCCUAUACAAAGGAUUUAUCAGCGAUAUGUAGUGAUCUUAAUCGAAUAUUUAUCAUUGACAAUUCACCAGGAGCGUAUCGUCGUUUUCCUAACAAUGCCAUACCAAUCAAAACGUGGAUCUCAGAUCCAACUGAUAUUUCACUGCUGUCACUCCUACCACUUCUGGACGCUCUUAGAUUCACACAUGACGUACGUUCUGUGCUCUCAAGAAACUUACACCUCCAUCGGGUCUAUUAGUUGCAUAACUAACCAUCACAUCAUCCAAAAAAUGAUUUUUUUUCUUGCGUUUCUUAUAAGGUGAAUUUAACUGAGUAAUGGAAAGUUUAAAACAAAUAUUUGUUCUCCUCUUUUUCCUUAUGUUUUUACAUUAAAAACAAUUUAAAAUCACAUAAGUACACCAUGCAUUGUUUGAUGAUGCAUCUUGUUAGGUAACAUAUAAUUUCAUCCCAAGUGAGAGACAUUGCAACAAAUGAAUACACAAAAAAAUAGGAGAUUUAAUCACUUAUAGAUGAAAAAUAAUAACAAAACAUUGAUAAAAUGAAAAAAGUUUUGAUUAGUUGAGAGCGUAACAAAAUAAUAAUUCAACGUUUAAUUUGGUUGAAUUAGAUAAUUCAUAAAAUAAUUGACUUUGCUAAAACUUUUGUAAAUAGUCUUGAGAUGAUACAAAAUGGAAAUAUUAUAAUUAAUGAAAUGCUAAGAUCAAAUUUUUCAACAUCCCAUCCCAUAAUUUCCUGUUAAAAAUCACCGUUCCCCAUAAUUUCCUGUCACUCCCGCCUAUAUAUAUAGAACGUUUCUUAAGAAAAUUAAUACAAGUUUUUUAUCAUAAUUAUGAAAGCUGAAAAACAUUUGAAAUUACCGUUUUUUUGCAGUAAAAGAAUAUCCAAUCCUAGUAAAUUUUUCUAGUUAAAAAAAUCGAAGGAAAAUGAUUUCCUAGGUCUUGUUUGAGUCUCUUUACUAGAUUUAAAUUUUAUCUAUUAAAAGAUUCAUUCAUGACUGAGCAAAUCAUAUGUGAGGCUAAUUCGUUAAUGCCCAAAGUGAAUUUAUUUCAAUUCUGCAACGACAAACAAACAUAACUAAAUAAAAAACUAUUACGAGCUGCCUAUAUCACUUGACGCUCUCAGUUUGUUUUUUUUUGUCUUUCGUUCACUUUUUUCUAUUUAGAGAAAAAGAAAAGAAAAAUAAAAAUUUUCGCUGAUGAUCUAUGCCAGACGAAAAGUCACAAAUUAUAAUUAAAAAUAUAUCACAUUGAGAUGGCGGGGAAUGUUCGUUAACGAUAAUGAAUUUUGGUGGUGGUUCGAAGUUAAAAUAGAAACAAUAACGAAACUAUGAACAUGUCGUACGAACCCUCGCCUUAAAUUUUGAAGGAAUAUGAAUAUGUAAGAAACUCUUUUUCUUUUUUAAAUAAUUUUCCUGAAAAAGAAUAUUUAAAUUGAAUGCGACGAAAAGUCACAUUUUAUUUAAAAAUUGCUCAACAACACCACACAAUUCAAAGUUAUUUUGUGCGCUGUGACCAAAUUUAAUUUUAUUAUUAUUUUGUCUGUUUAGCUCAUGAAGUCUCUCGUUGUCUUGAAACUUAAUCAAUUUGUCGUUCGAGACCAUUUUUAUGUAAUUUUGUUAAAUUAUAAAACGGUGACCAACCUGAAAAGCUUAAAGAGCAACUUUUUAUUUUCUUUGAUGUUCAAGGAUGUUCAUGAAAUGGAAAAAAAAUGGAAAAUAAAUGAAGCGAAUUUUGAAAAUAUGAAAUUUA